CUAAGGGGUAACACCCAGAAAUUAGAGAUACAACAUAGCAGAACGGACUGUAGACACAACUUCUACUCCUUAAGAGUUGUCGAAUGCCGGAAUUCGCUGUCAACUAAACUAGUCCAAGCGACUUCCCAGGAGUCCUUUAAGAGGAAACUUGAACUAUUCUUAAGGACUAAGGAUAAGAUCUUAUUAUGUUACCAAUUUCUCUUUUUUAAAUAUAUUAUAGUUAAUAUAUCCAAGUUCCUGCCUAGAGGUAUUGGUGAUACCCUGCUACUAGACACGGAAGUCAGUUAAGCGAAAGCUAUUUGAACCAUUAUGAACCAUUUGACUCGGCACUGACCUUGAGGGUGUCCACCUGAUAACUAGGAGGCAACGCUCCAGGGGUAUCGCGACACUUUUUUGCGCUGCUUUUUCAUUUGCCUAGCCGGAACCAAUUUUAGCAUUAUCUGAUGGAUGAUUUUUUGACAUUUGAUGACGGCUUAUUUGAGUUCAAUGAGCACAAAGAAGGUUUGUUAUCUGUCUUUCAUCCAAAUGAAGUGGGAAAUCUAGAAUUUUUAUCAGGUAGUGGAGAGGAGUGUUUAAAGUCUUCAAGCGAUUGGUUUUAUUUAUCGAAGAGGUACGACGAUUGUUUGCAGUAUUUGCUUCAACUAUGGGACCGUGUUCAUAAUUACAAUGGGCUUCCUAAAAGAAUUACUGCUGAUGCUAUUGUUAGAUGCUGUUUGAAACUGAACAAACGAUGUGAACUGCUUCCUUAUCUCCAGCAACACAGCCAAUUAUCAGCGAACUAUGAGGAUUAUAUCGGACACUUAAUGCUUCAUUUUACUUGUUCAAUAAACGAAACAACGCAAGGUCGAAUUAAUUUACUCCAACGUUUCCUAUUGGCAAUUCCUCCAUCAUUUGUUGAUGAUUCAUCAAUAUUUAUUCGUGAAAAUCUAUUUAAACACUCUCAGUUAUGGAUCGACUUAUCAGUUGCUUGGGAUCAAAUUCAGAUAGAGACUAGGACAAUGUAUUAUCCUGCAUGGUUUUCUAAGGUAGCGUUAUUGUAUGCAGAACUUGUUAAUACUAAUUCAAAGUUAAAUGAAACUUCACUUACAUGGACUGAUAAAUUUCUGAAUCCAUUACAAAUCGAAAUAUGUCGUAAACUAUCAUUACGUAUUUUAACUACGUGUAGCAGUAGUGGUAGUUCUUCAACAGGCCCAUCUACUACUACUACUACAAUGCUAAGUAAAGAUAACGGUGUAUCUAGUCACGAAAAUGAUGUACAAUUCAAUGGCGUUACCGUUACUUAUGAACUGCCGUAUAUUCCUAGUCAGAAAUGCUGUUCUACUAAUACUGCUAUAGACACUAACAUUCAAGAUGAAGUCGGACACGUGUUUUUCCAAGUGUUUAUUGCUCCAUUCAUGAGUAUUUAUGAAAAAUCAAUUUAGAAAACACCAGUAAUUUUUUGCAGUGGUUUUACAUAUACUUGUAAUUAUAAAGAAAGCUCUUUUUUUCUAAAAAAUCUAUUUUGUUAGCAAAUUAGUCACUUCGAUUUAGAUUUUGUUGAUAAUCAUUGUGAACGUAUGUUUGCUCGAAAAUUUUUCUUUAUAUUUCAAAGGUUACUGGGUACUCUUCAAGAACAAUCAUGUUUCACUUUAUGUGUAUUAUGUUGUUUCGGGCUUUCUUAGGUUUGUAUGGGAGUGAGUUGGAAGAAAGCUAGGGGUGGCAAGAUGGACAUAUGUCAUCAGUCCCUGAAGUCAUCGACUGUUAAUCUGAACCAUGUUUAGUGGAUGUUAACUAACCGCGAUUGGUGAUUAGAGGUGUCAGGUGACACAGCUUGGAGUGGGUUUCAGUGAAGCACGUGCAGUCAUUCUUUAUCUUAUUCUAGAUCCUGAAUUCCAAUAUUCUUUCAUAUAUACCUUCCCAUUUUGUCUUCCCAAACUAUGUUCUGAAUCCCCAGUCUUUCUGAUUAUUAUUGUUACUACAUUAUCCCUCCCCUCUUCCUGUUCAUCCUUUUACAUUCAAUUCACUGUGCUAGUAUGGUAAGUUGGGGCAAUGCAUACGUUUUUGCCAGUUUCUACUUCGAUUAUGAUAAUGAUAACUGUUGUCAGGUGACAAUAAAAGAGAGACUAUCAUUGGUUACAAAUCACUCUGUCUAUAUGAUCGAAUCACUAGUUUCGGUCAUCUCUCAUAACAACCAGUGGACCUGUAGUGAGAUUAAAAUUGCUUUAUACCUUUAUUUCUACGAACUAAUUCUUUCUUCCUGUAUUAUAU